AUGAAACAAACAGAAAAUGAUACUUAAUAAUUAUAAAAUGAGGAUUCAAAUAUUAAUAUAGAAGAGAAGGAAAUACUUGAAUAAAAAUGUACGAUGUAUCUAAAUUAUUAUAAAAGAGUAAAUAUUGAACAAUAGUGGAGUUUUAGCAGCAUAUGAAUAUUUUUUAAGGAGACUUUGUAAAGAUGGAUUUCCAAGUCGAAAUGUUUAUGAAUUUGCAGCUUAAGCAGUUUUAAAAUAUGAAAAAAAAAAUAAGCUGAACAGUUUCGUAAAUAAACUAUGACUAAAUCAUUGGCUGAACUUUAAUUAAGUAGAAUUAUAAUAAUUAAUUAAAAGAUGAAUCUUCUUUAAAGGCUUAACUUUAAGUUAAAAAUGAAAUAAAGUAAGAAGGUAAGAAUGAUAAAAAUAAAUCUUGA